AUGGCUGCAGCCUGUUCCUUGGUGGCCGAGUUCAUGAGAGAGAACGAGGAGAUCUGUCGUCGCGUGUACGAGCGCAUGAAGUUUGUGAACGAGGAGCUGUACAAAAUCACGGACGAGACGGUACUACGCCAGAACCGCGUGCUGUUCAUGUACGGCCGCACCAUCUCCGACUUCCUUACGUUUCUCAAGCGCCAGUCGCAAAAGAGUCUCAUCAAGCGACUGGCCAGCAACCGCAAGGUCGUGGACGCCAUCCAAGACUUCCACAGCGAUAUGGACGAGCUCUUUAAGCUGCUCAACAUUGUGCAUAUGGUCGAGAUGGCCAAGUGGAAGCAAGAGUGGGAGGAGGACCGGAAGCGGAUCCACCAACAAAUGGCCGACAUCUUGGCCAACGGCCAGAGUAUCCACGCCGAGAUCCAGAGCUCUGGGUCCACUCUUAAAGAAGGACUGGCUAUGAUCAAGUACGAGCUCGAGCACAAGAAGGAGCAGAACGACCCCGAGCAGCUGAAGCUUAUGCACAAAGCCUUCAAGACGGUCGUGCGCACGUCCAAAGCCAAAGUUCCAGUGGUGCCCGAGUGGUUCAUCAGCAGUGACGACGUCGAGUUCGACGCCAAAGAUCAGUUCGACUGCGGCUCCUAUGGCUCCGUACACCGAGGGGUAUGGGGCAAAGGAGCCAAGGUGGUGAUCAAGUGCCUGCUCAUGGACGACGACCAGGCCAUGAAGUCGUUCAUUAAGGAGGUGGACGUCUGGAACAAGCUCAGUAAUCCACAUAUCGUAAAGCUCUUCGGUGCCUGCCAUGUCAGCACCCCCGCCUUCUUUGUGUGUGAAGACGCGAUCCACGGAAACCUCGCCGACUACUUGAUGGAAGACAAGAGCGAGAAGGUGGUGCACGGAGACCUCAAGUGCAACAAUAUCGUCAUUGGCGGGGACGACAAGGCCAAGAUCUGCGACUUUGGCUUUAGUUACAUCCGUAGUCAGUCGGUAGGAUUGAGUGCAAAGGCCCAGACGGAUACUGUGCGUUGGAAAGCCCCCGAGUGCUUGAUGCCCAUGGGUGAGAGCGAUGCCGACGCUGCUCACAACCCACGCUUCGCUUCGGAUGUCUAUUCCUUCGGAAUGUGCAUCGUUGAGGCCUUUUCGGACGAACCUCCGUAUGCUCUGGACGACGACGAUACGAUUCUCGAAAAAGUGUUUUCUGGAGAAGAAUAUCAUCGUCCGGAAGGUCUGAAGGAUGACGAAUGGCAGCUUGUACAGCGCUUGACGGAGCCGGAUUGGGAUAAGCGAAUCGGCAUCUCCGCUGCGAUUGAUGAGCUCCAGAGGUUCGCAGAGCGGCAGAAGGACGCACACCAAGCCACGCAGGAGUGUCCGAGCUGUUCAAUGAAUGUCUUGGCUGGAUUUAAGUUCUGUAGCAAGUGUGGAUCACCGUUAGGAGAGCGUGGAGCAGCGCUGGCGUAA